GGAAAGGGGGAGCUGGCACAAAACCCCUCCGUCACCAAGCCCACCACCAUGGCCCGGCCAUGGCUCCAUCUCUGCAUCUGCCUCCAGAUCCCAGGCUUUUAUACAACUCUACUUUUAACCCAAACUCCAGGGCAUAUUCUAACCCAAACUAACAAUCAAACUGAAAUCCUCUGUGAGCUGAAGAAGGAGCACACCGGGGUGUACUGGUACCGCUGGAGCCAGGAGAGGCAACAUUUCGAGUUCUUGUUGUUUUCCAACACACUGGGCAAAGCCACGUACGGCCCAAAUGUGAAGCAGGACAAGUUUAGUGUCCAUGAGGCGAGGUCCCAGGGCUCCUACAGCCUGCACAUCAGCCACCUGCAUCCCUCAGACAGUGGCACCUACUACUGCUCCGUCUCCCAGUCCUCCCAGCUCCUCCUGGGCAGUGGGACACAGCUCACAGUGGUGGACACUUUGCCUCCAAAAUCCACCCAGACACCGGUGUCCAAAAAGCCAGUGCCACGGAUAAUCAAAGGCAAAGCUGCCAGCAGGGAAGGUCCCUGCAGCCCCCUGGUCUGGAUCCCACUGGCCGCUGCUGUCCUGCUCCUCCUGCUGAGCCUGGUGCUCACCGCCUACCGUCUGUACCGUCUGCGGCGGAGGCUGUGGCUUCGCAUCCACGGGCAGUAAAUCCCAGUAAAUCCCAGUAAAUCCCAGUAAAUCCCAGUAAAUCCUGCUGCCCCCCUGCCUCAGA